AAGCCCCGCGUAUUAUAAAUGCAAGAUUUCCUGUCAGUUUACUGUGACAAUGGAGGAUACUUGAAAUGUGAGAGUUCAGUAAUCACCAAAACAGAAGAGGCAAAUCACUGAAGCAAUCCAAAAAUAAUGUCAUCCUACCAAUCGCAAAGUGUAUUCGGUCAUACUACAAAUAUUAGUUCAGUAGCCAGCGUGUCUGCCGAUCUAAUAGCGCAUCGUGGAAUAUGGCGUAAAGUGAUUUCAAUGAUUAUAUUUCUGGGAUUUCUGCUAACAUCAUGGGCUGUGAUUGUGUUGCAUGCAAUCAAUUUUACCCAUGAAAGUAUUCUAGAAUUGUCUGUAUCAAUAUCUGUACUGAUUGGGGGACAGUAUAUCAUAACUGGUAUUGUAGACGGUGUUAUCUACUGGCAACGUUGGAAUGCAUCAAGUCAACGUCAACGUACAAAAAUACAAGAAGAAAAUAAAAAAGCUUGGAUACUUAUGCGAAUCACACUGACACUAAUGGGUAUGGCUCCAAUAUCAAGAUACAUUGAAUCUAUAGUUGCAAUAAAACGUAUGAUUAGUCUAGAAAAACAAUACAUGUCUGAGACAAUCGCCUUAGUUAAAGAAGUUCAACAACCAUCAAAUCUUCCAAGUGGAUCAUUACUCAGUGUACCAAUUACGAAUACUCAAUUAUCGCAACAAAAGAAAACAACGGAUAUAUCAAGUAAUCCUUCACGAAUGAGACAUUUGGAUGCAGGACUUCAACGUGUUCGACGUAUACGACGUCAAUUCUGUCGUACAGAACAUGAUGCAGCCUAUGUAGCAUUGGCCAGUGGUGUUGUUGGUGCUGGACCAUAUGCUAUAGCUCAAGGGAUACUGUUCUAUCGAAGAUAUACAAUGAAAUUUAUGAUGACAUUAGAUACUACAAUAGUUCUUUUCAUCUGCGCAGCAUUCAGUAUGUUAUGGUUAAGUACAAGUUUCACACACUUUUAUCCAGCUGAAUAUCAACAAAGUGAAUUGAAAUUUGAACGUGGAAUUGGACAAGUUCAUGUCGCAGGUUUAAUUCUCCUAUUCUUUACACAUCUUAUUCAUAUUACAUUACGUUGUUUUUCAAUUGCUUUAUUCACUGGAAGAUUUUAUCCAAUCAUAUUGGCUGUUUUAGGCGGACAUUUUAUUAUUGUUUUAAUAUCAUUUAUUGUUGCAAGAGUAUAUACUGGUCGGUAUGAUUCUGUUGAAAGAAGCGGGAGAAAACAACGUGGUGAUGUCUGCGGAAAUUUUCUGUCUGAUUUAAUCCACUCUUAUAUUAGUUUAUAUGAAUUUAUAAAUGCUGAAGUUAAAUACACACGAACACGAUAUUUAAUAUACUACUUUUUAUACUACUUAGAAAAUUCAAUUAUGAUUGGACUAUGGUAUGAUUAUUAUGAAUAUCCUGAAUCAUGGUACUUCCUUCCGUGUUUACUGGUCGUUGUCUUAGUACAGCUAUUAGGAUUUAUAUUAUUACAAGUGUAUCUAUAUGUGUAUUCAAAAUCUCGACGUAAAACAACACUGUGUGGUUUAUGUAUGGCGCAUAAAGACAUUGAUACAAUUGAACAAAAUGAUGAUGGCGGGAAAUUUAAAAAUGGACAAUUCUAUGGUGGUUUAACCAAUUGGAAUCAAUCACAAUCAGUGCUGACGAAUACAACGCAUAGAUCACUAGAACAGCAACAACAACGACCAGGAAGUAUUUUGAACUAUUAUCCAUCGAUGAAUAGUCUUAGUUAUGCAACAACACUGCCUAAACGUGCUUUUAACAACAGUGGUACUUGUGAUCCAGUAUUUGGUGAACAGAUAUCUCAGUUAGCUGCACCGUUGAAAUCGAAGAUGGCGAAGGGGAAUAAAAGAUACAAAACAAAUUUACAAAAAUCGAUUGAACAUGAACAACAAUCUCAACAAUAUCUCCAACAGCAACAACAGCAGAGGAAUAGACCUUUAUCUGAACUGUCACAAUCGCAUUAUUAUUCUAAACCCCCGCCAACAGCAGCAGGGGGAGAGAUGAAAAGACGACGUCACCUAUCAGAAUCUCGUCAAGAAAAUCAAUCGAAUGGACAAACACGUCCACGUCAAAGACCAGUCUCGUAUAAUACACGCCCACCAUCAUCGAAUCUUAGUCACACAACAGAUCAUAGUAAAAGAAUAUCCCGGACAAAUAGUUAUUUAUUACAAGAGAAUUCAUCAAGACCUACAAAUAAUGACCAAUUCCCACAACAACAACAACCACAGACAUUGUUGACAAAACAGAAUCCAGUCAAGUUGGAGAAAGGCGUUUAUCGACCAAAAAGUAAUCACUCUGUGAGUACAACACAAAACCGUAUGAAAACAAAGACAUCUAGGGAAUAAAAACAUAGUGUGUCACUAUGUAUGUAAUUGGAGAGUAACUCUCAUCUACUAGUACUACCUGUUUUAUAAGAUUUUAUCAUUAUUAUUAUUAUUGUUACCCUUCUGAAUGACUUGUUGCAUAACACAUGUGAUCUCACUCACUCUCUCUCCCUUACUAAGACUAGUCUUCCAGACCACAAUUAAGCCAGACUCAAAUUUCUGAAAAGCAAAUAGACAAACGCACACGCAAACACAAACAGACACACGCCAAAAUAUUUUUCUAUACUUCUUUCAAUCCACCCUCCGCCACCCCCCUCUUUUUUUAAUAUUAAUCGAAACUUUUGAUUUUUG